AUGGGGAACGCGGAGAGCCAGAGCGUGGAGCACGCCGCCUUCUACGGGGACAAGCAGCCGGGGCUGGGCCGCAAGCACACGUCGCGCUCGCUGCGCCUCUCCGGCAAGGCCUCGCGCCGCGCCCGCCACGCCUCCUCGGGCAAGAUCAUCCACCGCAACUCCGAGGUGAGCACGCGCUCCUCCAGCACCCCCAGCAUCCCGCAGUCGCUGGCCGAGAACGGCCUGGAGCCCUUCGCCGCCGAGGCCAACCUGGAGGACUUCGGCAGCGCCAUGUGGGUGGAGCGCGUGGACGUGGGCCUGCGGCCCGUGUCCUACCACACGGACUCGUCGGUGACGCCCAGCGUGGACAGCAGCACGGCGCUGACGGCCGCCUCCGUGCACAGCAUGCCCGACUCGGAGGAGAGCCGGCUCUACGGGGACGAGCUGCCCUUCCUGGCCGAGGGCGACGGGCGCGCGCCGCGCUACGCGGCCAACGGCGCCGCCUUCGCCGACGCCGCCGGCUUCAAGAAGAAGCGCUCCAAGUCGGCCGACAUCUGGCGCGAGGACAGCCUGGAGUUCUCGCUGUCCGACCUCAGCCAGGAGCACCUGACCAGCAACGAGGAGAUCCUGGGCCUGGCCGAGGAGAAGGACGGCGAGGCCGCGCGGGGCCCGCAGGCCGGCGGCAGCCCCCAGCCCCUGGCCGCCGGCCAGCGGGCCAACUCCAUGAGCGACUUGUACUCCCCCAAGAGCCCCGGCGCCGCCGUCGGCGGGGGCCCCCGGAACGCCUUCGGAGGGUACUGCCGCAACCUGGCGUCCGACGUGCCGGAGCUCGGCGGCCAUAAGAUGGCAGCGGCCAGCGCCGAGGACGCGCCCUCCUCUUACAGCAACUACAACACGCUGCCCUGCAGGAAGUCCCACUGCCUGUCCGAAGGGGCCACCAACCCCCAGAUGAGCCACAGCAGCAGCAUGCAAGGCAGGAGGGCCAAAACCACCCAGGACGUCAACGCGGGCGAGGGCAGCGAGUUCACGGACAGCGGCAUCGAGGGCGCAGCCACGGACACGGAGCUGCUGUCGCGGCGCUCCAACGCCACCACGGCCAGCUACUCGCCGCCGGCCGGCCGCGCCUUCGCGGGCAGCGACAGCGGCAGCAGCUCGGCGGGCGACGGGCUGCGCCAAGGCGUCUACGAGAACUUCCGCCGCGAGCUGGAGAUGAGCACGGCCAACAGCGAGCACCUGGAGGAGGCGGGCUCGGCCCUGAGCGACGAGCAGAGCAGCGGCACCCUCAGCUCCCCCGGGCAGUCCGACAUCCUGCUGACCGCCGCGCAGGGCACCGUGCGCAAGGCCGGCGCCCUGGCCGUCAAAAACUUCCUGGUGCACAAGAAGAACAAGAAGGUGGAGUCGGCCACGCGCAGGAAGUGGAAGCACUACUGGGUGUCCCUGAAAGGCUGCACGUUGUUCUUCUACGAGACCGAUGGCAGGUCUGGCAUUGACCACAACAGCAUCCCCAAGCACGCUGUCUGGGUGGAGAACAGCAUCGUGCAAGCCGUGCCUGAGCACCCCAAGAAGGACUUUGUCUUCUGCCUCAGCAACUCCCUUGGGGACGCUUUCCUCUUCCAGACGUGCAGCCAGACGGAGCUGGAGAACUGGAUCACGGCCAUCCACUCAGCCUGUGCCACCGCCGUGGCACGGCAGCACCACAAGGAGGACACGGUCAAACUGCUCAAAACGGAGAUCAAAAAGCUGGAGCAGAAGAUCGACAUGGAUGAGAAGAUGAAGAAAAUGGGGGAAAUGCAGCUGUCCUCUGUCACAGACUCCAAGAAGAAGAAGACCAUACUGGAUCAGAUCUUCGUGUGGGAGCAGAACCUGGAGCAGUUCCAGAUGGAUCUGUUCCGGUACCGCUGUUACCUGGCCAGCCUGCAGGGCGGGGAGCUGCCCAACCCCAAGCGCCUGCUGGCCUUCGCCAGCCGCCCCACCAAGGUGGCCAUGGGCCGCCUGGGCAUCUUCUCCGUCUCGUCCUUCCACGCUCUGGUGGCAGCUCGCACGGGGGAGUCGGGAGUGAGGAGAAGGACUCAGGCCAUGUCCAGGUCUGCCAGCAAGCGCAGGAGCAGGUUUUCUUCUCUUUGGGGGCUGGACACUACCUCGAAGAAGAAGCAAGGGAGGCCCAGCAUUAACCAGGUGUUUGGAGAAGGAGUCGAUUCAGUGAAGAAAUCUCUCGAAGGGAUCUUUGACGACACAGUCCCGGAUGGCAAGAGGGAGAAGGAAGUGUCCCUGAGCAGCGUCCACCAGCACAACCCCGACUGUGACAUUUGGGUGCACGAGUACUUCACACCCUCGUGGUUCUGCCUGCCCAACAACCAGCCUGCCCUGACAGUCAUCCGGCCUGGGGACACCUCCCGGGACGUGCUGGAAAUGAUCUGCAAGACACACCAGCUGGACUGUUCUGCCCACUACCUGCGCCUGAAGUUCCUCGUUGAGAACCAGAUCCAGUUCUACGUGCCAAAGCCGGAGGAGGAGAUCUAUGAGCUGCUGUACAAGGAAAUCGAAAUCUGCCAGAAGAUCACCCAGCACAUUCAGAUGGAGAAGUCUGAUGCAUCCUCUGAUAUUUACGGUUUCUCUCUGUCCUCCGUGGAAGAGGAGGGGAUCCGCCGGCUCUACGUGAACGGUGUCAAGGAGACAGGCCUGGCUUUCAAGAAAGGCCUGAAAGCCGGGGAUGAAGUGCUGGAGAUCAACCAGAGAGCUGCCGAGGAGCUGGACUCAGCGCUGCUCAAGGACGCCCUGGUGCAGCCCUCGCUGUGCCUCGCCGUGCGCACCCACCCCGAGCCAGAGGAGGGACAGAGGCUGGCACAGCCACCCCCACGGCGCCCCGAGAACCCCCCAGAGCCCGGGGACAGCGCCCUGCCCUUCCCCGGGGGCACCCAAGGCCUCUCCCUCUGCAGCGACCCCGACAGCUCAGCUGACACAGCCCCGGAGGAGGCGGAAGCGCAGGACCUGGAGUCGUCGGACGAGGCCGAGAAGAUGAGCAAGAGCACAGAGCAGGUGGCAGCUUUCUGUCGCAGUCUGCAUGAAAUGAACCCCUCUGACUGCAGUGCUCCCCCCCAGGACUGUGCAGGGCCCCAGCUGAGCACCAUGAGGCAGCUCACGGAUGCAGACAAGCUGAGGAAAGUCAUCUGUGAGCUCCUGGAGACCGAGCGCACCUACGUCAAGGACUUAAAUUGUCUGAUGGAGAGAUACCUGAAACCUCUACAGAAAGAAACCUUCCUCACACCAGAUGAGCUGGAUGUUCUCUUUGGGAAUCUGACUGAAAUGGUAGCAUUCCAGGUAGAGUUCUUGAAAACUCUGGAAGAUGGAGUAAGGCUGGUUCCAGACCUGGAGAAGCUUGAAAAAGUUGAGCAAUUUAAGAAAGUGUUGUUCUCCCUGGGUGGAUCCUUCCUGUACUACGCUGACAGGUUCAAGCUGUACAGUGCCUUCUGUGCCAGCCACACAAAAGUCCCCAAAGUCCUGGUGAAAGCCAAGACUGACACUGCUUUCAAGGCGUUCCUGGAUGCCCAGAACCCACGCCGGCAGCACUCCUCCACCCUGGAGUCUUACCUCAUCAAACCCAUCCAGAGGAUCCUCAAAUACCCCCUCCUGCUCAAGGAGCUCUUUGCUCUCACCGAUGUGGACAGUGAAGAACAUUAUCACCUUGAUGUGGCCAUCAAAACAAUGAACAAAGUUGCCAGCCACAUCAAUGAAAUGCAGAAAAUCCAUGAAGAAUAUGGGGCAGUGUUUGACCAACUCAUAGCUGAACAAACAGGGGAGAAAAAAGAGGUCGCCGACCUUUCCAUGGGGGACUUGCUCCUGCAUAACACAGUGAUAUGGCUGAACCCUCCUGCUUCCCUGGGCAAGUGGAAGAAGGAACCUGAGCUGGCAGCAUUCGUGUUCAAAACUGCCGUGGUCCUUGUGUACAAGGAUGGUUCCAAACAGAAGAAGAAACUCGGAGGAUCACAUAGAGCCUCCAUUUAUGAAGACUGGGAUCCGUUCCGGUUUCGCCACAUGAUCCCUUUGGAAGCGCUGCAGGUGCGGGCCCUGGCCAGUGCAGAUGCAGAGACCAAUUCCGUGUGUGAGAUUGUCCACGUCAAAUCCGAGUCUGAGGGCAGGCCAGAAAGGACGUUUCACCUCUGCUGCAGCUCUCCAGAGCACAGGAAGGACUUUCUGAAGGCAGUGCACUCCAUCCUGCGGGACAAGCACAGAAGACAGCUCCUUAAAACCGAAAGUUUGCCCUCAUCCCAGCAAUAUGUUCCUUUUGGUGGAAAAAGAUUGUGUGCUCUAAAGGGUGCAAGGCCAGCCAUGAACAGGGCAGUGUCAGCCCCCAGCAAGUCUCUGGGGAGGAGGCGGCGGCGGCUGGCCCGAAACAGGUUUACCAUUGACUCGGAGGCCGUCCACGGCAGCAGCCCCGAGAAGGAGCCGGCGCAGGGAGGGGACACCGACCGCUGGGUCGAGGAGCAGUUCGACCUGGCGCAGUACGAGGAACAGGAGGACGUCAAGGAGACCGACAUCCUGAGCGACGACGACGACUUCUGCGAGGCGGCACGCGGGGCGCAGCGGGAGCUCCGGGAGAGGCUGCAGGCCACCACCCUGGCGGGCCACGGCCACGCCGCCAGGAUGGCCCAGCUGAGGAAGCAGGCGGCCCUGCCCGCCAUCAACGGCGCCGCCGAGGGCCACGGCGACGAUGACGACGACGAGGUCGUCUGGGUCAGGCGCCAGGACUUUGUGCCCGCCAGGAAGCUCAACACCGAGCUCUGA